AUGACGGCGUACGCGAGCAAACGACCGAGAGGGCAGUUCGCGUCGAGGUUCGCGGACGACGAGCCGCGCAAGGGGUCGGACAUCCUGGUCGAGGCGCUCGAGCGCGAGGGCGUGGACUGCGUGUUCGCGUACCCGGGAGGGGCGUCGAUGGAGAUUCAUCAAAGCCUGACGAAGAGCGCGACGGGGAUACGGAACGUGCUGUGCCGACACGAACAAGGGGAGGUUUUCGCGGCGGAGGGAUACGCGAAGGCGACGGGUAAGGUGGGCGUGUGCAUCGCGACCAGCGGACCGGGGGCGACGAAUUUGGUCACGGGGUUGGCAGAUGCGCUGUUGGACUCGGUGCCGAUGGUGGCGAUCACGGGACAGGUGCCGCGACCGAUGAUCGGGACGGACGCGUUUCAAGAGACGCCCAUCGUGGAGAUCACGAGACAGAUCACGAAGCACAACUAUUUGGUGAUGAACGUCGAGGAAAUUCCGCGAAUCGUGCGCGAAGCGUUCUUUUUGGCCGCUUCAGGACGUCCGGGCCCGGUUUUGAUCGAUAUUCCAAAGGAUGUGCAGCAGCAGUUGGCGGUUCCGUAUUGGGAGCCCAAGGUUUCGCUCAACGGUUACUUGAGCCGUCUGCCCGCGCCGCCGACGUCGCCGCAGCUCCAACAAGUUUUGGAUUUGAUUAAGGACUCAAAGCGUCCGGUGGUGUACGCCGGCGGUGGAUGCUUGGACGCCGACUUAGAGCUGGUUGAAUUCUGCCGCGCGACGGGGAUUCCCGUGACGAACACGCUCAUGGGUCUCGGUACGUUCCCGCAGAGCGACGAUUUGAGCCUGAGCAUGCUUGGCAUGCACGGUGCGGUGUAUGCCAACUAUGCGAUCGACAGCGCUGAUUUGUUGCUCGCUUUUGGCGUGCGAUUCGACGAUCGUGUGACCGGUAAGUUGGCGGAAUUCGCCAAGCGCGCCGCCAUUGUGCACAUCGACAUUGAUCCGGCGGAGCUCGGUAAGAACAAGAAGCCGUUCUGCUCCAUCUUUAGCAACAUCAAGCCCGCGUUGAAGACUUUGAACAAGUUGAUCGCGCUCGAGAAGGAUAUGCCCGAUUUCUCGGAGUGGCGCGCGGCUAUUGACGUGCAGCGCAAAAAGUUCCCGUUUCCGAUUCCCGAGCAAGUCGGCGACGUCAUCGCUCCGCAGGCGGCGAUCGAGCUGUUGUGCAAGAUGACCGAAGGUAAGGCGAUCAUCUCCACUGGUGUCGGUCAGCACCAAAUGUGGGCGGCUCAGCACUACAAGUUUGACGAGCCUCGCAACUGGCUCACGUCUGGUGGUUUGGGUUCGAUGGGCUUCGGCUUGCCCGCCGCCAUCGGCGCCGCCGCGGCGCGUCCUGGCGAUCUGGUCGUCGACAUCGACGGCGAUGGCUCGUUCGUCAUGAAUAUUCAAGAACUCGCGACCUUGCACGCGGAAAACUUGCCGGUGAAGUGCUUCAUCUUGAACAACCAGUACCUCGGCAUGGUCGUGCAGUGGGAGGAUCGAUUUUACAAGGCGAAUCGCGGUCACACGUACCUCGGCUCCCCGAAUGACGAUUUCCAAGUCUCCAAGGAAGAGGCGCACAUUUUCCCCGAUUUUGUCACCAUCUCACAGGGCUUCCGCGUCCCCGCCGAACGCGUGAUGCGCAUGAGCGAUCUCGAAGGCGCGAUCAAGCGCAUGAUUGAAGCCGACGGUCCGUACUUGCUCGACGUCAUGGUGCCGCACGUCGAGCACGUGUUGCCCAUGGUCCCCGGCGGCGGUACGUUCGCCGACACCAUCACCACGGGUGACGGGAGAAGCCCGGAAGAGAAGGACAUGAAAACCUUGUAAGAUGUUUAUGUUACGACGUAUUAGCAACGGGCGCAAAUAUU